CUGUGAAGGAAACUGGGGGAGGGAGAUGGACAAAACAUCCCAUUUUUGUGUUUGGUACAGAGCUAAGCUUUUAGGCCAGCCUUCCUGAACUGGGCGGGGUGUGGCAUGCAUUAAAAUGAAACAUCAAUGACCCUGUGAAGCUUAUAAAACAGCUUGGGAGAAGCCAGUCAACAAGAGAAGGCAUCCUAAACUGGGUGAGUUUGCAUGUGGAAACUGCCUUCAUCUUGACCAAAAAGCCCCAAGAUGGUGACCGCGCUGCUGCUGCUCUCCAUGCUGGCCGGCCUCUUCAGUGCGGCAUCCGGACAAGCCUUCCAUCUUGGGAAAUGCCCGACUCCUCCAGUGCAAGAGAACUUUGAUGUGAAUAAGUAUCUUGGACGAUGGUAUGAAAUUGAGAAGAUCCCGGUGAGCUUUGAGAAGGGAAGUUGCAUCCAGGCCAACUAUUCGUUAAUGGAAAACGGAAACAUCAAAGUGAUAAACCAGGAGUUGAGAUCUGAUGGAACUGUGAAUCAAAUCGAAGGCGAAGCCACCCAGGGCAACCUUACAGAGCCUGCCAAGCUGGGAGUUAAGUUUUUCUGGUUGAUGCCGUCAGCUCCAUACUGGGUUCUGGCCACGGACUACGAGAACUACGCCCUCGUGUACUCCUGCACCACAAUCGUCUGGCUUUUUCACAUGGAUCAUGUUUGGAUCUUGGGAAGAAACCCUUAUCUCCCUCCAGAAACCGUGACCUAUCUAAAAGAUAUCCUGACCUCUAAUGACAUUGACAUUGAGAAAAUGACUAUCACAGAUCAGGUGAAUUGCCCCGAGUCACUGUGAGAGGCUCUAGAGGGAACCUGCAUUACUUCUCUGUUACUUCUUUUGCUUUGCUCCCCACCCCCAUAAAGACAAACCCACCACCGCAAACCAUUGCAAACACCAGAAGGGAAAUUUGACAGCAGAAACCCAUGCAGAGAAAGUCAAGGAGAGUUGGCCCAAACACUUAGCCAUCCACCAGUCUGUGACCUUGCCAGUCUAAUAAUAAACUUGUUGCUGACCUGCUGUGCUCACAGUAGAUUCUGAA